GUCUUCUCGCCUCCCCAGCGCUGGGGUAGCCCAGGCAGAGGAGAGAGCAUCGGGGAUCCGAGCCUCGAGAGUGGCUGGCUCUCGACCAGGCGUGCCGAGACGCUGCUUACUUCCUACACUUGGUCCCGGGCCCUCGCCCUGUGGCAGGCGCUCGGUUCAAGAUGAAUCUCAACUUCACCUCCCCUCUACACCCGGCGUCUUCUCAGAGGCCCACGUCCUUUUUCAUCGAGGACAUCCUGCUGCACAAGCCCAAGCCGCUAAGGGAGGUGGCCCCCGACCAUUUCGCCAGCUCUCUGGCCUCUCGGGUGCCUCUGCUAGAUUACAGCUACCCUCUCAUGCCCACACCUACCCUCCUGGCUCCUCACCCCCAUCACCCUCUACAUAAGGGAGACCACCACCACCCUUAUUUCCUCACCACCUCGGGCGUGCCGGUCCCGGCGCUGUUCCCGCACCCCCAGCACACCGAGCUGCCGGGGAAGCACUGCCGCCGCCGCAAAGCUCGCACUGUUUUCUCGGACUCGCAGCUCUCCGGCCUGGAGAAGAGAUUCGAGAUCCAGCGCUACCUGUCCACGCCGGAGCGGGUGGAGCUGGCCACGGCCCUCAGCCUGUCGGAGACGCAGGUGAAAACGUGGUUUCAGAACCGGCGGAUGAAGCAUAAAAAACAGCUGAGGAAAAGUCAAGACGAGCCCAAAGCGCCUGAUGGGCCAGAGAGCCCGGAGGGCAGCCCCCGCGGCCUAGAGGCCGCACCCGCCGAGGCUCGGCUGGGCCUGCCCGCUGGCCCCUUCGUGCUGACCGAGCCGGAGGACGAAGUGGACAUUGGGGACGAGGGGGAGCUGGGCUCAGGGCCGCACGCGCUCUGAGACGCGGGGCUGGGGAGGCGGGGAGGAGGCCGCGGGGCGGGCCUGGGAGAUCAGCUCCGGGAAGACAAACACAACACACCUGUCAACCCUCCAACCCGUGCGGGGCCCGCGCGGCCCGGCCUCCACGCUCCUCCCCCAACCUUCCGCCCGCCGCGUCCCUGCCCGGGUGCGUGCGCGCCUGGUUCGCUUGUUCCCCGCGCCUUCAGCGGCGCAAGCUGGAGUUUGGGCUCUCGGCUCCAUAAUUCGGUGGUGAGCCUCUUCCCCGCCAAGGUCGACCGCAGACCUCUCGGCCCUCACCCUUCAGCCACCUGCCCCCGCUCCGUUUUCCAGGCUCCGCGGCCUCUCCACCGGAUCCUUAGGCAGACCGACUGGCUGCAGAGAUCAGAAGUGGGAAUCACAGAUCUUCCAGACUGACGUGAGAAAGCCAACACAGAGCUCCAACCCAGAGACUCUGCACUGACAGAAAGGCCGGGCCCCUCAGUGAAAGCUCUCCUCAGCUGUCACUGUCACCAAAGGACCUGACUCACUCUGAGACAGUUUGGGACUGUCAGUUCCAGUAAGACAGCAGUCAGAAGCUUCAUACUGAGUGCAGAGGAGGGAAGAAGCUGCACCUGACAUCAUCUCAAGCAUCGAGGAGAGGCUGGUACUUCUCUUGGACACACCAGGCCUGUGGGUUUGUAUUGCUUGGCACAGAAAACCGGUAGGCGCACUGGAAUCACUAACCUGGAAGAGACGCCGUGAAGCACGAGCAGCCAUGCGCACGCCCACGUCCAGCAGAGGGCUGAGACCCAGCGUUUUCCUAAGCUUCCCUUGCUGUGUGUCCCAGCCUAAACCGCGCGCCUUCUCUGGACAUCUGUUACAUCACUGGCACGAUCGAUCAACCCUGCCUCUCAGGCACAGGGGAGGAGGAAGGCGGGGCAACGCUGCCAUGUGCAGGGAGGCUCAGGUUGGCAGUGCAGACAGAACACUGGGGAUAUUACACCUCUGAGCCACUUGGGACCCAGAGCGGAAGGACCAAGCUCAAAGCUUGCCAGUGAGUCGGCCGGCGGACUCCUGGUCCAGUGCUCGCUGCAUCGCUUUCCUUGGUGUGCAUCUCCCCGCAGCUGCAGCUGCUCCCGGUGCUGACUACGCCCCCGGCCCCCUGGCAGAGGCAGGAGGCAGAGUGAGACCUUACCUCAUGG